AUGGUAGCCUACGCUCCUUACUUCGCCGCUACGGUUUCAUUGUCGUCUGUCCUCCACGCAGUCACCCCUUCUGAGUUCAGCAUCGCGCCCAUCUGCCAGGUCGUCACAGCUACAGUCACUGAAUACGCCGCAGCACGACCCACGACCAACUCUCAUGGGCAUGGUGGUCCAUACUACAAUCCCUACAACGACGUCCCUCUCCCUUUCGAGUGGCCGGGUAAACCAUCACAUGGAGAAGCGUACGCUCCUCCUCGGCCUUCGACACCCUACGAAUACGGCGGGCCCGCCAAACAUGACUACAAAGAACCGUGCUGGGUUCCCAAGGGCACCGACCAUCUGAAGAGCUCACUUCCAAAUGUCGAACAGUGUGGUAACUCACAAUGGGGUUUGAUCGACUCUCCCCAUCUCCCGGCGAAUGGUCUUCCGAGUAGUAAUCCCGAUGGCGCAUAUACGUCCGAGUCAACGAGGCCAUCAUCUACACGUUCUCUUCACCCUACAGUAUCUGGUCAUCCAUACGGCUAUGCAAACGCCACAGGGUCUACUUCUUCCGGACCGACUGCCACUGGGGCGCUCGAGCCUAUCGCUACUGCGGCCUCCCAACCGAAGGCUGAUCUUCUUUGCCCGUUCAUGCCUGACACCGGCGUGACAAGAACAUACGACCUCCACGUGGCUUAUCAAACGAUCGCUCCAGAUGGUGUUACCAGGAAUGGACUCACAGUCAAUGGUCAAUUCCCCGGUCCUCUGAUCGAGGCCAACUGCGCGCAAUACUCCGGUGGCGCCCACGGCCCCAUGGUCAUACAUGGGCCGAAACACGAGGAUUACGACAUCGACAUCGGCCCCAUCAUUCUCGAAGAUUGGUUCCAUGCUGACUACUAUACCCUUGUUGAGGGCACCAUGAACGGCCAAUUCCCGCCCUCCAACAACAAUCUCAUCAACGGAAGAAUGAAUUACCCAUGUGCCAAUACAACCUUGCCUUGCACGCCUAAUGCAGGUAUCUCUAAGUUUAGAUUCCAGUCUGGAAAGAAGCAUCUACUACGCCUCAUCAACACAGGCGCUGAAGGCAACCAGAAGUUCAGCAUCGAUAGGCACAAACUGAAAGUCAUCGCCGUAGACUACAUCCCGGUCGAGCCGUACACGACUAACGUCGUCACGCUUGCCGUCGGUCAGCGCACUGAUGUUAUAGUCGAAGCUAUCGGCAAGCCUAGCGAUACCUUCUGGAUGCGCUCUCAACUUGCUCAAGGCUUUCGCUGUACACUCACCGACGGCAUCUCACCUAACGCUCUUGCGGCAGUAUACUACGAGGAUGCCAGUACCGACGCUAUCCCCAAGUCUACCUCUGAUGUCACGAAAGAACAACUUGAGCAAUGCAAGAACGACCCCAUCACCCAGGGUAUCCCGCUGUGUAAGGUCCCAUUGGAAGAGCCUGACCAUGUCGAACGUGUGGACUUUGACUUCCGCUCCAAUGGCACCAACUUCAUCUGGUAUCUCAACAACAGCACCUACCACGGCAACUACAACAAGCCAACGCUACUGAAAGCAAAGCGUAACGAGUCGGACUUCGACCCCGAAUGGAACGUGUACCAAUUCCCCGGUGCGAAGCAUGUCCGCAUCCACAUGGUCAACCACGGUCUCAUUGGCGGCCAUCCCAUGCAUUUGCACGGCCAUGACUACCACAUCCUGGCUGAAGGCUUCGGAGAGUGGGACGGCGUUGUGACAAACCCAGAGAACACGCUGCGUCGCGAUGUCCAUCAGAUGCAGAAUGCACGAAACACCACCGGCACUGUUGAGCCUUCGUACUUGGUACUGCAAUUCGUGCAAGAUAAUCCAGGCGCCUGGCCGCUGCAUUGCCAUCUCGCUUGGCACGUUAGUGGAGGGCUCUUCAUGCAGAUCUUGGAGAGACCAGAGGAUAUCCAGAAGCAGGCAUUUGGGGAUGAGCAGUUUCAACUUUGCGAUGAUUGGGAUGCUUAUACUUCUGAAGUGGUACUGAAUCAGAUCGAUUCGGGGUUGUAA